AAGUGCCAGAGAGAGAGGGUGAGAGAAGGAAAAAAAAAACGGCUCGCAAUAAGGAGUCGGUUCCCGUCGUUCACGUCAAAAAUCCGUCUCUAAGAGCCGUUUCGUUCGCGCCCGACACAUCACUACUUCUGAAGCAGCGUGUUGAUCUUUUUGACACGCACCGGAGCGUCAGCUUCAAGCGGACCAUCACUACCUCUCACAUCUAAAGCUGAUCAGCAGGAGGAGAAGAGUCUGACGGAGCAGCAGACGAACAUUUUCAGCUACUUGGACUCAGCUCAGCCACUACAGAGAAAACAAUGAGCUCAACACAGAAGGACCAACAUGGAGCGAGAAGUCAGCGCUCUCAGGAGGCCGACAGACCUCACAGAAGAAAGAGAGAGAAAACAUACACCUGUGACGAGUGUGGGAAGGAGUUUACUGAGAAGACUUCACUAAAACGUCAUCAGGUCAUCCACACUGGAGAGAGACCGUUCAGCUGUGACUUGUGUGGAAAGUCUUUUUCCUUGAAGGGUUCCCUAAAAAGACACCAACUCAUCCACAGUGGAGUUAAAGCGUACAGCUGUGAUCAGUGUGGCAGGGCUUUUACUCACAGUAGCCACUUACAGAGUCAUCUAGUUACCCACUCUGGAAUUAAGGCAUACAGCUGUGACAUUUGUGGAAAAACUUUCAGCCGGCAAGAGAACCGAAAUACACACCAACGCAUUCACGCCAGACAUGAUGUGUACUGCUGUGAACAGUGUGGCAAAUACUUUGCUACAGACACACAGUUACAACGCCACAUGUUUACCCACACUGAGGGACGACCUUAUAAAUGUGACCUGUGUGAGAAGACUUUUAAAUCUCCAUAUUACCUGAGACUACACCAACAGAUCCACACCAGAAAGAGACUCUACAAGUGCAGUUACUGUGAGGACCAACAUGGAGCGAGAAGUCAGCGCUCUCAGGAGGCCGACAAACCUCACAGAAGAAAGAGAGAGAAAACAUACACCUGUGACGAGUGUGGGAAGGAGUUUACUGUGAAGGAUGAACUAAAACAUCAUCAGGUCAUCCACACUGGAGAGAGACCGUUCAGCUGUGACUUGUGUGGAAAGACUUUUUCCAGGAAGGGUUCCCUAAAAAGACACCAACUCAUCCACAGUAGAGUUAAAGCGUACAGCUGUGAUCAGUGUGGCAGAGCUUUUACUCACAGUACCAGCUUACAGAGGCAUCUAGUUACCCACUCUGGAAUUCAGGCAUACAGCUGUGACGAGUGUGGGAAGGAGUUUACUGUGAGGUCCAAACUAAAACAUCAUCAGGUCAUCCACAGUGGAGAGAGACCGUUCAGCUGUGACUUGUGUGGAAAGUCUUUUUCCAGGAAGGGUUCCCUAAAACAACACCAACUUAUCCACAGUGGAGUUAAAGCGUACAGCUGUGAUCAGUGUGGCAGAGCUUUUACUCACAGUAGCAACUUACAGAGACAUCUAGUUACCCACUCUGGAAUUAAGGCAUACAGCUGUGACGAGUGUGGGAAAGAGUUUACUGGGAAGGCUGAACUAAAAUGGCAUCAGGUCAUCCACACUGGAGAGAGACCGUUCAGCUGUGACUUGUGUGGAAAGUCUUUUUCCUUGAAGGGUUACCUAAAACAACACCAACUCACCCACAGUGGAGUUAAAGCGUACAGCUGUGACAUUUGUGGAAAAACUUUCAGCCAGAGAGGAACCCGAAAUACACACCUACGCAUUCACACCAGACAUGAUGUGUACUGCUGUGAACAGUGUGGCAAAUACUUUGCUAGAGACGCACAGUUACAACAACACAUGUUUACCCACACUGAGGAGAGACCUUAUAAAUGUGAUCUGUGUAAGAAGACUUUUAAAUCUCCACAUCACCUGAGACAACACCAACAGAUCCACACCAGAAAGAGACUCUACAAGUGCAGUUACUGUGAGGACCAACAUGGAGCGAGAAGUCAGCGCUCUCAGGAGGCCGACAAACCUCACAGAAGAAAGAGAGAGAAAACAUACACCUGUGACGAGUGUGGGAAGGAUUUUACUGAGAAGUAUAAUCUAAAACGUCAUCAGGUCAUCCACACUGGAGAGAGACCGUUCAGCUGUGACUUGUGUGGAAAGUCUUUUUCCACGAAGGGUUACCUAAAACAACACCAACUCAUCCACAGUGGAGUUAAAGCGUACACCUGUGAUCAGUGUGGCAGAGCUUUUACUUAUAGUAGCUACUUACAGAGUCAUCUAGUUACCCACUCUGGAAUUAAGGCAUACAGCUGUGACGAGUGUGGGAAGGGGUUUACUCUGAAGGCUUCACUAAAACGGCAUCAGGUCAUCCACACUGGAGAGAGACCGUUCAGCUGUGACUUGUGUGGAAAGUCUUUUUCCUUGCAGGGUCACCUAAAACAACACCAACUCAUCCACAGUGGAGUUAAAGCGUACAGCUGUGAUCAGUGUGGCAGAGCUUUUACUCACAGUAACAGCUUACAGAGUCAUCUAGUUACCCACUCUGGAAUUAAGGCAUACAGCUGUGACGAGUGUGGGAAGGAGUUUACUCUGAAGGCUGAACUAAAAUGGCAUCAGGUCAUUCACACUGGAGAGAGACCGUUCAGCUGUGAUGAGUGUGGGAAGGAUUUUACUGGGAAGGCUGAACUAAAACGGCAUCAGGUCAUUCACACUGGAGAGAGACCGUUCAGCUGUGACUUGUGUGGAAAGUCUUUUUCCUGGAAGGAUUCCCUAAAACAGCACCAACUUAUCCACAGUGGAGUUAAAGCGUACAGCUGUGAUCAGUGUGGCAGAGCUUUUACUCACAGUAGCUACUUACAGAAUCAUCUAGUUACCCACUCUGGAAUUAAAGCAUACAGCUGUGACAUCUGCGGAAAAACUUUCAGCCAGAGAGGGCACCGAAAUACACACCUACGCAUUCACACCAGACAUGAUGUGUACUGCUGUGAACAGUGUGGCAAAUUCUUUGCUACAAACGCACACUUACAACAACACAUGUUUAACCACACUGAGGGACGACCUUAUAAAUGUGACCUGUGUGAGAAGACUUUUAAAUCUCCACUUAACCUGAGACAACACCAACAGAUCCACACCAGAAAGAGACUCAACAAGUGCAGUUACUGUGAGAAGCAGAGCGACACAGAUGGAUCCAGUUCUCAACCCUGUCAUCACUGUGGUGGUGGGAAAGACUUUCAUUGUGACCUCUGUGGAACAACUUUCAGUUGGCAAGCCGCCCUAAAAAUACAUCAACGUAAACACACUGGAGACAAACUGAAAUAUUGCAAAGAAUGUGGGAGAAGCUUCACCACAUCAACUGAGUUAAAACGACAUGAACUGAUUCACAGUGGGGUUAAAAAGCACCUCUGUGAUCAGUGUGGGUCAUCCUUCACCACUGCAGGUGAGCUUAAAAGACACAAACGAGUCCACACAGGAGAGAAACCAUACAAGUGCAGACGCUGUGACAAAAGCUUCUCACGUUCAAGUAAUCGUAACAAUCAUGAACGUACACACAUGGAAGGAAACUACAGCUGUGACCAGUGUGACAAGAGCUUCAGGAAUCUCAGUUCAUACUCCACACACAAACGAUCCCACGUUACUAAUAAACUGUUUCACUGUUACCAAUGUGCCCAAACAUUCACCUCAUUGUCUGCUCUGUGCAAACAUCAGCGUGAUCACUCAGGGCUGAAAUCACUCCCAUCACUGGAUCACAGUGAAUCUGAAGAGACAGAAAGAUCCUCUGGUUUCAGUGUCAGACUCAAAAAGCUUGAGAUCAGGCUCCACAGAGUUCAGAUAGAAUCAUUUAAACUUGUGUUGAACUGAACUGGUUGCUGGGCUGAACUUCUACAUAAUACAGAUUUACAUGGGAUCUUAUUUUCUGUGGUUUUACUGAUUCAGUUUUGUCAUUUUUUCUCUGUCCUGGUUUUGCUCGUCUGUAAAUAAUUGAAACUCAGUCAAAUAGUUCAUUGUUCUCCAGCAAAAUGUUUUGGAAACUCAUGUUUAACCUUUAAAACUCUGACAUGUUUUAGCACACAAGGCUUCAUCGGGGAGUUCACUCAUGAUUGGACCAUGAGAAUAAAGGUUUUUAGUUCUUUCAAAGAGA